UGGCCUCUAAGUAGUACUCUAGUAGGUUGCGCGAACCGAGGAACCAACGCCGCAGCAACCCUGGGAACAGCCCACACGGCGCAAUAUCUCGUGCAUACAAUAUAUUCACAGCCAUCACGCGCAACUGCCAGCUAGCAAUCCACCCUGCAAUUUACUAGCCUGCAACAGAACAAAGUAGUCAAUCGCGUGAAGGACACCUGUUCGGAGCAGCGCAACCCAAUCACUUCUACAACAGCCGCCGCCCACCCUCUCUUCUCCUCUACUACACAACCAGCCAUGGCGCAGAUACGCGGCACAGCUGGCUACCAUUUGGGCAACCAGAGCCCCUUUGGCAACUCGGGGCGCAACGACAACAGCACGAAUGACCCCAGUCCGCUCGACCAACUGCGGGCCCAGACGAGCAAGCUCGAGGACCUGCUGGACACUGUCUUCGACCCCAUCAAGCCAUACCUCCCUGGCAUCGGCCGCUUCCUCAUCGUCGUUACUUUCCUCGAAGAUGCCCUGCGCAUUGUCACACAAUGGACCGACCAGCUCACGUACCUCCACGACUACCGCCACAUCUGGAACGGCGUCACGCACAUGUUCCUCAUUACCAACAUCGUCCUCAUGACCAUCUGCUCCUUCGGCGUCAUUUUCCGAAAGUACUCCGAGUACAGCGUUGCGGGACUCAUGACCGUCGUGGUCCUGCAGGGCAUUGGCUACGGCCUUGUCUUUGACCUCAACUUCUUCCUGCGCAACCUGUCCGUCAUGGGCGGUCUGCUCAUGGUGCUCUCCGACUCGUGGGUGCGCAAGAAGUUUGCCCCGGCCGGUCUUCCCCAGCUCGACGAAAAGGACAAGAAGAUGUACUUCCAGCUCGCUGGACGCGUCCUGCUCAUCUUCCUCUUUGUUGGAUUCGUGUUCCGCGGCGACUGGGGCUUCUGGAGAAUCAUCGCUAGUCUUUUGGGACUCGUGGCUUGCGUCAUGGUGGUUGUGGGCUUCAAGGCCAAGUUCUCGGCUGUCAUGCUGGUGCUUAUUCUCAGCGUCUUCAACCUCUACGUUAACAACUGGUGGAAACUGCACCCUCACCACCCCCACAAGGACUUUGCGAAGUACGACUUCUUCCAAAUCCUGUCCAUUGUUGGCGGUCUCCUCUUGCUGGUCAACAUGGGCCCCGGCCAAUUUUCCGUCGACGAGAAGAAGAAGGUCUAUUAGACUCGGACAUGUUCACGCAUCACGACACGUGUUUCGGCUUUUUUGAACGAAACGGUCGCCUUAUAUUCGAUAUAUAAACGCAUAUAUGAUAUCAAUUGGAAAAAAACGAACGUGGUGGGAAAAGCGAGAGAUGAUGGCGGCUUGGGCAAUCCCACUUUCAAGACCAGACCGGACCAGACAAGACAGCAAUUGGGCGUUGGGAAAGAAA